GACAAACAGAACCCUAUGGUUUCAGUUGCUGCCAGACUUUUGCCAAUCCUGGGUCGACCAUGAGGAUAGGCGUCCGGUGCAACCAUCAACCCAGCUAGUCCAGUCCAAUGUGGGCACUGCAUGGUUGAAAUCUCUUUGCUGAGUUGGCGUGUCCAAUAGUUUAUCCAUUCAUAUGUUCUGUUCUCGUCAUAGUGACAUUGUUCUGUUCAAGUUUCACCAGACUGACUAGCCUUCUUUGAUUACUCCAUCAGAUUUCGUCUUCAUGCAUACAUGGGGGAGUUGCUUUAAUUAAUGUCUCAUGGAAGUUCCCAAAGAGUGUGUUUUUUGUUAGGAAGAAGAGCGGGAUUCAUCUUGCCGUGUCAUAUGCAUGCGACUCUUUAAUUAGUCCAGUUUAUGUCGAGUAACUAACUAGUUGACAUCUUAACCAUCAGAUGGAACAAUCUCAAUUUUUGACUUGAAACAUGCUUGGGGUGGUCUGCUGGGAUGGGUUUCUUUAUGUGGCCUCGUUCGGGUUGAGUUGGAAAUUGCCAGCGGUCUUUUUCAAACCGUCAAUCACGAAGUCGUCACGAGCUGCAGCUGCAGAGACUUGAACAGUCACUCCAUAAGCUUCCAACUGAUCAUUUUAAGGAAAUGCCCGGCCUCAUAGAUUUGCUUCUCUGAUACUUACAAAGUUGGUUGUUGUCUUGUCUUCUUGUCAUAUUCUCAGAGCAGGAAAGCUGGAUCAGUUUUGGACAGAAACCAACAUUUUCUCACCACUUCAGAACAAGCAAGAAGUUCCACCAGAGGCAGCCGCGAGAGAUUCGUCUUCGAAAUGGUUUCAUAAGACUCUUUCCGACAUAGCCUUUCAAUGGGUGCUCGGAACUCAGGAGCUGCACUUGGGUCCUAUAGGGUCCCAAGGAUACGAAUCAAUUCUGAAUGUUGUCAAAGAGCAGAAUUAUGUUUGUUCUCGUCCUAAUCUUCAUGCUCAGUUUUGCCUGUUACAGCAGUUUCGGGCAUCCCAUGGCCAAAUCCAAGUGCCCUGAAAAAUGCGGGAACGUCACAGUUCCGUACCCGUUUGGCAUCGGAGAGGGCUGUUUCAAGGACAAGUGGUUCAAGGUUGUGUGCGAAGUCAGCCCUUCUGGGGAGGUCCCCAUCCUGCGAUCCUACCAACUGAAGGUCCUGAGCGUAAGCUUUCACAUGGUUCGGGUCACCAUUGACUGGACAUUCCCUUCAUGUCACCCCAAGGAGUUGGGGAUGGAGUUGAGCAUAAAGCCUGUAAACUACGACACCGGCACUUACAAUCCCUUCAUCAUCUCCCCAACCAAUAACCAGUUCACUGCCCAAGGAUGCGGGAUCUUUGCUUAUGUGACCAACAAAAGGAAAGCCAAUACCACGAUCUACACCGAAGGGUGCGUCUCCCUCUGCCCAGAGGAAACUCCAUACGGGAUAAAGCCGUCAAUCCUAAAUCGGACUUGCUUAGGGAUCCAGUGUUGCCAGACGAGCAUUCCCAGUGGACUUAAGUCUGUGUACGUCCAUAUCUUUAAUCUCGAUGUCAACAACAGCCAUUUUCAUGACUCCCAAUCCUGCAGUCGAGCUUUUGUCGCAGAGAAAAAAUUCUCGGCCACUAACGGUACCAGCGAAAUGCCAAUGUCCAUACACUGGGUUAUAGGGAAUACUACGUGUAAAAUCGCCAACAGUACCUCUUCCGGUCAAUCGUGUGGGAAAAACGCCCACUGCAUCGAUUACCCCGCGAAGAAUGGGCACCGUUGCCAAUGUGAUGACGGGUUUGAUGGGAAUCCUUACCUUCCUGAAGGCUGCGAAGAUGUAAAUGAGUGCCUGCAUCCGGAAAACGGGUGCCGGGGGGAAGCUACUUGUGUCAACACCAUUGGUACUUACUACUGCGUUUGUCCCUCGGGUGUAAACGCCAGCAGUUACAAUGGAAGUUGCGUACCGAGUCCUAAUUAUAAACGGAAUACUGCUCAGAUUGUCUAUUUAGGUCUUGCAGUCGGAGUAAGUAUCACGUGCUCGACAGCUAUGAGCAUCUUGUGCGCCUCGAUGGUUAAGAGGAAAAGGGAAGCUAAGAUGAGAAAAAUGUACUUUAAGCGAAAUGGCGGAUUAUUGCUAGAGCAGCAGAUCACUUCACAGGAAGAUGCAGUCGUGAAAACCCAAAUGUUCGCAUUCGAAGAGCUCCAGAGGGCCACUGACGACUUCAACCAAGGCCGAAUGUGCGGGAAGGGAGGGUUCGGGUCUGUGUACAAAGGAAUGCUGUCGGAUGGUCGGAUAGUCGCAAUCAAGCGGUCCCAUAUGAUGCACGAGAAGCAAGUGACCAACUUCAUCAACGAGGUCGUCAUCCUCUCGAGGAUAAACCAUCGGAACAUAGUGAAGCUGCUCGGAUGCUGCCUGGAGACAGAAGUUCCUCUUCUCGUGUAUGAGUUCAUUGGCAACGGGACCCUGUCCCAUCACAUCCACUACGGGGAAAGAGGCAUGCCUUCCCUCUCAUGGGAAGUCCGUGUGAGGGUCGCCGCAGAGAUUGCAGGAGCGCUUGCCUAUCUCCACUCGGCUGCCUCCACUCCGAUAUUCCACCGGGAUAUAAAGUCUAGCAACAUUCUCCUGGACCACAACUACAAUGCCAAGAUUGCUGACUUCGGGAUAUCCCGGUCAAUCCCCAUGGAAAAGACCCACCUCACCACGGCCCUGCAGGGCACGUUUGGGUACCUGGACCCUCAGUAUUUCCGGUCGAACCAGCUCACGGACAAGAGCGAUGUGUACAGCUUUGGGGUGGUGCUAGUCGAGCUCCUGACAGGGGAGAGGGCAGGGUCCAAGACCAAGGCCGAGGUGGAGGAAAAGAGCCUGGUGCUCAACUUUGUGACGGCGAUGAAGGAGGACCGGCUGUUCGACAUUGUGGAUGACCAGGUUCGGCACGAGGGCAGGAGGGACGAGAUAGUCGAUUUCGCUCAGCUCGCCAAGAGAUGCCUCAAGCUGAAAGGAGGAAAACGGCCCACCAUGAAAGAAGUGGCAACAGAGCUUGAAAGGAUCUUCAGGCAGUUAGAAAGUUGAUAAUAUUAAAAAUUCGACUGCUGACCCGCUGAAGUUUUGCCGUUAACACCACGCUUAAGAAAUUAUAUAUUUACAAUUCCCCUACGCAAACGUAUUAACACAAAAAAAAAAAGAAAUAGAGAGA